CCGCUACCAAGCAUGGCGCUCGCCCGGGGACCUGGCAUGGUGUCCGUGGUGGGGCCCGUGGGUCUCUUCCUCAUGCUGCUGGUCGGAGCCUGCGGGGCAGAAGAGCCGCCCAGAUUUAUCAAAGAACCCAAGGACCAAAUCGGAGUGUCGGGGGGCGUGGCCUCGUUUGUGUGCCAGGCGGCGGGCGACCCCAAGCCUCGGGUGACCUGGAACAAGAAGGGCAAGAAGGUCAACUCGCAGCGCUUCGAGACCAUCGAGUUUGACGAGAGCUCCGGAGCCGUGCUCAGGAUCCAGCCGCUCCGGACGCCCCGGGACGAGAACGUGUACGAGUGUGUGGCCCAGAACUCGGUCGGGGAGAUCACCGUCCAUGCCAAACUCACCGUCCUGAGAGAGGACCAGCUGCCCCCCGGCUUCCCCAACAUCGACAUGGGCCCCCAGCUGAAGGUGGUGGAGAGGACGCGGACGGCCACCAUGCUGUGUGCUGCCAGCGGGAACCCUGACCCCGAGAUCACCUGGUUCAAGGACUUCCUGCCGGUGGACCCCAGCGCCAGCGGCGGGCGCAUCAAGCAGCUGCGCUCAGGAGCCCUGCAGAUCGAGAGCAGCGAGGAGACGGAUCAGGGCAAAUACGAGUGCGUGGCCACCAACAAUGCAGGCGUGCGCUACUCCUCCCCCGCCAACCUCUACGUGCGAGUCCGCCGCGUAGCCCCCCGCUUCUCCAUCCUGCCUGUGAGCCACGAGAUCAUGCCUGGCGGCAAUGUGAACAUCACCUGCGUGGCCGUGGGCUCGCCCAUGCCAUACGUGAAGUGGAUGCAGGGGGCCGAGGACCUGACGCCCGAGGACGACAUGCCGGUGGGCAGGAACGUCCUGGAGCUCACUGACGUCAAGGACUCGGCCAACUACACGUGCGUGGCCAUGUCCAGCCUGGGCGUGAUCGAGGCCGUGGCCCAGGUCACCGUGAAGUCCCUCCCCAAAGCCCCCGGGACCCCCGUGGUGACAGAGAACACAGCGACCAGCAUCACCGUCACCUGGGACUCGGGCAACCCGGACCCUGUGUCAUACUACGUGAUCGAGUACAAGUCCAAGAGCCAGGAUGGGCCAUACCAGAUUAAAGAGGACAUCACCACCACACGCUACAGCAUUGGUGGACUGAGCCCCAACUCUGAGUACGAGAUCUGGGUGUCGGCUGUCAACUCCAUUGGCCAGGGCCCCCCCAGUGAGUCGGUGGUGACUCGCACGGGCGAGCAGGCCCCAGCCAGCGCCCCACGGAACGUGCAGGCCCGCAUGUUGAGCGCCUCCACCAUGAUCGUACAGUGGGAGGAGCCCGUGGAGCCCAACGGGCUCAUCCGCGGCUACCGCGUCUACUACACCAUGGAGCCCGAGCACCCUGUGGGCAACUGGCAGAAGCACAAUGUGGACGACAGCCUGCUUACCACCGUGGGGUCCCUGCUGGAGGACGAGACCUACACCGUGCGUGUGCUGGCCUUCACCUCCGUGGGCGAUGGGCCGCUGUCGGAACCUAUCCAGGUCAAGACACAGCAGGGGGUGCCCGGCCAGCCCAUGAACCUGCGGGCCGAGGCCAAGUCCGAGACAAGCAUCGGGCUGUCGUGGAGCGCACCAAGGCAAGAGAGCAUCAUCAAGUACGAGCUGCUGUUCCGCGAGGGGGACCGCGGCCGCGAGCCGGGUGGGGCCCGAGGACCCCGCAGCGAGGCUCAGGCCAGGCGCGUCCCCGGGACUGCGGGCUCCUUAGCUGAACACAAGGAACCGUCCGCCCCCCCUCAAGACGUAAAAUGUACCAGCAUGCGCUCCACGGCCAUUUUGGUAAGUUGGCGCCCGCCGCCGCCAGAAACACACAACGGGGCCCUGGUGGGCUACAGCGUCCGCUACCGACCGCUGGGCUCCGAGGACCCGGAAUCCAAGGAGGUGAACGGCAUCCCCCCGACCACCACUCAGAUCCUGCUCGAAGCGCUGGAAAAGUGGACCGAGUACCGGAUCACGACUGUGGCGCACACGGAGGUCGGAGCAGGGCCCGAGAGCUCGCCCGUGGUCGUCCGCACCGACGAGGACGGUCCCCUCCUGGCUGGAGUGGAGCAGCAGAACAAGACACAAGGCCGUGUAGAUAGCCCGUGGCUACAGUGCACAGAAAUGGUCAUCAGCAACCUGCAGCCUGAGACGGCCUACUCCAUCACCGUGGCCGCCUACACCAUGAAAGGCGACGGCGCGCGCAGCAAGCCCAAGGUGGUGGUGACCAAGGGAGCAGUGCUGGGCCGCCCCACCCUGUCGGUGCAGCAGACCCCCGAGGGCAGCCUGCUGGUCUCACCCAAGAACUUCAAGGUGAAGAUGAUCAUGAAGACGUCGGUGCUGCUGAGCUGGGAGUUCCCCGACACCUACAACUCCCCCACGCCCUACAAGAUCCAGUACAAUGGGCUCACACUGGAUGUGGAUGGCCGCACCACCAAGAAGCUCAUCACGCACCUCAAGCCACACACCUUCUACAACUUUGUGCUCACCAACCGCGUCAGCAGCCUGGGUGGCCUGCAGCAGACGGUCACUGCCUGGACCGCCUUCAACCUGCUGAGCAGCAAGCCCAGCGUCGCACCCAAGCCUGAUGCUGACGGCUCCAUCGUGGUCUACCUGCCCGACGGCCAGAGCCCCGUGCCCGUGCAGAGCUACUUUAUUGUGAUGGUGCCGCUGCGCAAGUCUCGUGGCGGCCAGUUCCUGACCCCGCUGGGCAGCCCGGAGGACAUGGACCUGGAAGAGCUGAUCCAAGACCUCUCCCGGCUGCAGAGGCGCAGCCUGCGACACUCGCGCCAGCUGGAGGCGCCCCGGCCCUACAUCGCAGCCCGCUUCUCCGUCCUGCCCGCCAUUUUCCAUCCUGGGAACCAGAAGCAAUACGGCGGCUUUGACAACCGGGGCCUGGAGCCCGGCCACCGCUAUGUCCUCUUCGUGCUUGCUGUGCUGCAGAAGAACGAGCCUACGUUUGCAGCCAGCCCCUUCUCAGACCCCUUCCAGCUGGACAACCCCGACCCCCAGCCCAUUGUGGACGGCGAGGAGGGCCUCAUCUGGGUGGUGGGGCCCGUGCUGGCGGUGGUCUUCAUCAUCUGCAUCGUCAUCGCCAUCCUGCUGUACAAGAACAAACCAGACAGUAAGCGCAAGGACUCAGAACCCCGCACCAAAUGCCUGUUGAACAACGCUGACCCUGCCCCCCACCACCCCAAGGACCCCGUGGAGAUGCGGCGCAUUAACUUCCAGACGCCAGGCAUGCUCAGCCACCCACCCAUCCCCAUCGCCGACAUGGCCGAGCACACCGAGCGGCUCAAGGCCAACGACAGCCUCAAGCUCUCCCAGGAAUACGAGUCCAUCGACCCCGGGCAGCAGUUCACGUGGGAGCACUCCAACCUGGAGGUGAACAAGCCCAAGAACCGCUACGCCAACGUCAUCGCCUACGACCACUCCCGCGUCAUCCUGCAGCCCAUCGAAGGCCUUGUGGGCAGCGACUACAUCAACGCCAACUACGUGGACGGCUACCGGCGGCAGAACGCGUACAUCGCCACGCAGGGGCCCCUGCCCGAGACCUUCGGUGACUUCUGGCGGAUGGUGUGGGAGCAGCGCUCCGCCACCAUCGUCAUGAUGACAAGGCUAGAGGAGAAGUCUCGGAUCAAGUGUGACCAGUACUGGCCCAACCGGGGCACCGAGACCUACGGCUUCAUCCAGGUCACGCUGCUGGACACCAUCGAACUGGCCACGUUCUGCGUGCGGACCUUCUCCCUGCACAAGAACGGCUCCAGUGAAAAGCGGGAGGUCCGCCAUUUCCAGUUCACCGCGUGGCCUGACCAUGGGGUGCCCGAGUACCCCACGCCCUUCCUGGCCUUCCUGCGGAGGGUGAAGACCUGCAACCCGCCCGACGCAGGUCCCAUCGUGGUCCACUGCAGUGCUGGUGUGGGCCGCACGGGCUGCUUCAUCGUCAUCGACGCCAUGCUGGAGCGGAUACGGCCCGAGAAGACAGUGGACGUGUACGGACACGUGACGCUCAUGCGCUCACAGCGCAACUACAUGGUGCAGACGGAGGACCAGUACAGCUUCAUCCACGAGGCGCUGCUGGAGGCCGUGGGCUGCGGCAACACCGAGGUCCCCGCACGCAGCCUCUACACCUACAUCCAGAAGCUGGCUCAGGUGGAGCCUGGAGAGCACGUCACCGGCAUGGAACUGGAGUUCAAGCGGCUGGCCAACUCCAAGGCCCACACCUCCCGCUUCAUCAGUGCCAAUCUGCCUUGUAACAAGUUCAAAAACCGCCUGGUGAACGUCAUGCCGUAUGAGAGUACGCGCGUCUGCCUGCAGCCCAUCCGGGGCGUGGAGGGCUCCGACUACAUCAACGCCAGCUUCAUCGACGGCUAUAGGCAGCAGAAGGCUUACAUAGCGACGCAGGGGCCCCUGGCCGAGAGCACGGAGGACUUCUGGCGCAUGCUGUGGGAGAACAACUCCACCAUCGUCGUCAUGCUCACCAAGCUGCGCGAGAUGGGCCGGGAGAAGUGCCACCAGUACUGGCCGGCCGAGCGCUCCGCCCGCUACCAGUACUUCGUGGUGGACCCCAUGGCGGAGUACAACAUGCCCCAGUACAUCCUGCGCGAGUUCAAGGUCACCGACGCCCGGGACGGCCAGUCGCGGACAGUGCGGCAGUUCCAGUUCACCGACUGGCCCGAGCAGGGCGUGCCCAAGUCGGGAGAAGGCUUCAUCGACUUCAUCGGCCAGGUGCAUAAGACCAAGGAGCAGUUCGGCCAGGACGGGCCCAUCUCGGUGCACUGCAGCGCCGGCGUGGGCAGAACCGGCGUGUUCAUCACGCUGAGCAUCGUGCUGGAGCGCAUGCGCUACGAGGGCGUGGUGGACAUAUUCCAGACGGUGAAGAUGCUGCGGACGCAGAGGCCGGCCAUGGUGCAGACGGAGACAGCUCGCCAUGUGGGGCUCCACGCCACGCCCCUCCGGCGGCACGGCACGCCCCUUUCGGCGGCCAGUCCCGUCCCGUGGGGUCUGUGGGGCGGUGAGGCUGGUCUGGGCGGGCCUCCAGCAGGCCGGACCCCGGGGCCCGCUGACCAUCAGGGCCCCACCGGUCAUCGCAAGGCGAUGUCCACCAGGCAGGCCGUGCGCCGCGGGGAUCGUGCCCGGCCGAGCACGCAGCGCCUUACAAAGCCCAGGAUUCCGACGUGCUUGGAGCUGCCAGGAAAACCCCAGGCCAUGGACGCAUACCAUGACCUGAGGAGUGGCCAGGGUGGAGGAGAGGAAACUCGGUGGGUGCAGGGCCGACUGAACAGCCGCAGUGAAUGGUGGCUUCUCUCAGAUCCGGCCCUGCGCGGGCCCCCCACCCCUGCGGGUCCUUCCAAGGCCGAGGCUUGGCAGAGGGGCGCCAGCUGCCGCCCUCCCCUGGCCGGGGCCCUCACAGCCCCUGUGAAGCCAGGGGCCCCUCCACUGUUCGGUCACACGUCCAUAUGGCAGAGGACACAGGCGGAGGGGGACUGGAAGCCCCUCUGUCCACCAGGCAGGUCAAGCGGGGACCUGCGUGCCAUCCGCGCCUGA